AUGGUGGCCUCUCUUCUCACAGAUCACGCUCAGAUUUUGGACUUAAUCAUAUUCGUAAGUCGAGCUCUUGAUAAUCUGCGAGAGAAGAGAAGGCACACUGAAAGCUUGCUGCUAUGGCUUCGGGUUCUGCAACCGGUGCUGGUGAAAACGGUUGCUUUUGAUAAAACAGGUAUUCUGAGAGUUGGGGAACUUGUAGUAGUUGAUGAUGUGCAUCUUCUCCAAUUACUCAAUGGAGGAGUUCUGUGCUGUGGCCACAGAGCAAUUGCAAAAUCGGUGGUGAAGCAUGCUAAGAGGCUGCUAAAGAUGUUUGGAUCAACUAAACAUGUGACGGAAGCUAAGGAAUUUGAGGUGCACACAGGAGCUGGAGUUAGUGGAAAAGUUGGCGACAAAAUGGUUUUGGCUGGGAACAAGAGGCUCAUGCGGGAAAACAAUGUCCAGGUUGGUCUUGAGGUUGACAAGGAAGUUUCAGAACAUGAGAAUCUGGUUCGAACAUGUGUGUUGGUUGCCAUUGAUGGAAAGAUUGCUGGGUCAUUUGCUGUAACUGGUCCAGUGAAGCCAGAGGCUGCAAGAGUCAUCUCUUAUCUUCAAUUGGUGAACGUUACAAGCAUCAUGGUUACUGCUGAUAACUGGGCUGCAGAAGCAGCCAUUGCGAAGGAGGUUGGCAUUGAUAAGGUGUCUGCUGAGAUGGAUCCACUAGGAAAAGCUGAUAGAAUCAAAGAAUUACAGGCACGAUUAUACAAUAGUUACAGGGGUGGUGCGAAUGAAUUACAAUUAACCAGCUCUACAUGUAAUUUUAUUCUGAUGAAAGGAAUGGCGGUGGCGAUGGUGGGAGAUGGAAUCAAUGACUCCCCGCCUUUAGUUGCAGAAGAUGUUGGCAUGGCAAUUGGUGCUGUCACCGACGUAGCUAUAGAAGCUGCGGAUAUAGUUUUGAUGAAGAGCAACUUGGAAGAUGUGGUUAUAGCCAUUGAUCUCUCUAGAAAGACCAUGUCUCCAUUUUGA